GUGUGUCGCCUGCUCUAUCGAACAAACAUGUCACGCUGUCGAAUGGACGCCUCUGAUUUUGACCACGGAAGAAAAUCAUCUGGACCCAUGGUGUUUUUGAUACUUCAUCUGAUAUUGCGGUUAUCUACUGCGUGUGAGGCGCCCCUACCGAAACCUUCAUCUGUGGAAGAGUGCGACUGUCAUCACAACGGAAGUGACGUCAACAUGACGUGCUACUCUGACGUUCAAUGCUACAAUGCCAGUGAUACUGACCACCCGUUCAGCCCCAUGUGGGCUGGAUACAGCGACAAUAUAUCUCACCAUCUGUCAGACGAUCCACGAUACAAGUCUGUAUUGCGCACUAAUACACUUGGGGGAUGGGGGAUGUUGAUGGGAGUGAAACAGUCGAAUGGAACAGCCGAUGAACGUAGAAAAUGGGAACGAAAGAAAUUAGUGGAACAGCGGGCGCGGAAAUGGAAUAGAUGGAUACAAGAAUUGACAUACGGAGAGAUGGUGAUUGUAGACGUUAUCGAACCAUUUGAUCCGACUACACUUGUGGUGAUAUGUCUUGUAAUCAUCAUCAUCAUUCUUGUUUGUAUCCUCUGUGUGAUUUGCAACCUACCGUUUCUGAAAGGUUGCCUGCUCAGAUGUAGAGGACGGAAAAUAUUACAAAAAAGAGAAAAUCUUGGAGGACUCGAGUAUGACACUGCACUGCUGUACGAUUUGUAUGAUACUGCUGCUUGCAACAUCGCAAUCACUCUGCAAAGUCAACUGAAGUCACGCGGCUAUGAUGUUGCAUCUACAGGUCAUGUUCUUGGCGGACAGAGCAACCUGAGUAUCCUCAAUUUAAUACCAGUCAGUGCUACUGUGAUAUUCGUCAUCACUCAAGAUUCCGAGAUUGAUCAGUUGUUGUCUGUAGCCAGAGACACUACAACAGCAAUGAAAAUCUCUAAACAACAGGUUCUCGUACAUACAGACUAUGUGCCCCCAGAGUUCAAACAGUACAAGCUGUUGACGCUCAGUUGGUUUGAAGAUUUGAAGAAGACGACAUCUGAUGAAAAUCGGGAACUUUACAAUGUCGUUUAUAUUCCCGAUACAAACGAAACUAACGGAGAAUGUAUUGUCACUCGAAACAGAAAUCCAAAUCGUCAUCAGGAAAAUGUUUGUUUUAUCAUAAGUGCUUACAGAUGGUGGAAACAGAAGAAAUUUUACAAGGCGUUACAGUUAGGUUUGUCGGCAGGUUUCCAUGUGAAAUACAUGGACACAUCUGUUGAAGUUAUCGUUAACCAGGGUACAUGUAGCUGAUAUAUGCUGGAAUAUACAAUAACUGUAUCAGGAGAGAGUACUGGAACCUUCGCUACUGACUCAGCCAAUAAGUUUCAAACGAAUUUAGGUCCUGCCUAAAUUUAGAUGCCACGAAACAGUGAGCCCCAAAGGUUUUAAUUCAUUAUUCAAUGAUUUAAUUCUGCAGGUACUUUGCUUAGUGAAAAUGUGUAAUUUUAGCAUAUUCUGAUAUCUGUUGGAGGAUUUAGGUUAUGUUUAAGUUAACUUCCGGUUGUUAAAUUUUUAAGCCGAUUGCAGUACGUAAUGGCGUUAACAUCCUAAAUCAUAUCACAUGUAGCCCGUGUCAGAUCUGUUUAUAUUAAUUUACACCUUACGUCGUUCUAUUAAUGAUAUUAACUGAAAUACUAAGUAAAGCAGUGACUGAUUAAAUUACGGGAGUCCUUUACUAGUAAACAUAAAAUACGUAGUACGAAUGAGGUGCUAAUUGAGAUUCGAUAUUUAUUACAAAGAUAUGGUCAAUAAAAAUGAUCAUAUUUACAUCAAUGAAGUGUAAAAUUGGACGAAAUACUAUAAUGCUAUAUAUACUUAUCCUGAUAAAUGAUUUACACAAUACCAUGGAAAUGGUGUAAAGACGAGCAAUGACAUGUUGUGGACAGUGCGGUAUUGUCAUCAUAUAUGAGCAUGCUAUGUAGGAUUUAACAGCAAGGAAAUUUGUUUUAUAUAAUUGAUGGCAAAACAUCAAAUUUUCAACAAUCAAAUCAAGAUGAAAAAUAUCAAAUACAAUGCUACAAGAAAGUAAUUACCAGGAUAUGAUCAUGGAAAAGGACAGUUGAUAUUGUAUGCUCUUUAUAAUGACUACACAAAUAGCACACAAGCUAAAGCAGACAUUAAUGCAAAAGAAUUGAAUACAGCAUAGCCAUAUGAUGAAUUUGUAUCUUACAUCUGUCGUGUUCCUUAGACUUGUGAAUGAUCCUUGGAGCCUAAAUUGUUUUAUGUUACUGAGGUCAAUCAAAAUCUGUCGAAAUGAUAUAUAAAGUUAAGUUCCAUGAUACAAUUGAUAUACAAUAUAUGACUAGUGUCUUUUUUAGUUCCUUUUUCUUA